AGUUCAAUGAGCUCGUCAACCUCGGCAAGAAGAUUACGGACUACGACGCGCAGGACGAAGACGAAGAGAUGGGCGAAGGAUUGGAAGGUGAAGGCGAAGGUGAAUUGGAUGAGCGCCAAGGUGUUGCCGUUGUUUUCGACGAGGAGGAUGAGGACGACGAGCGCAUGGGCACUGUGGACGAGAUACGCGAUGACGAUGAACUGUCAGAGGAUGAAGAGGCCGAUCAACAAGAAGCUACUGGAAUCGACGAGACAACCACUGAGAAGGCAGAUCUUGAAGGCCUCGAGGAGGCCGAAGAGAUGGUAAUAGAUGGUGGCGUGGGCCGGGAUGCAGAUCGACGAGACAAGGGAUCAACGAUACCUGCCCGGGAGAUUGAUGCC